CGACUAAACAUCCAGCAGAGAAUCCAGGACAGAGAGAAAGAUGUGAAGCUGCUUCAACAGGAGGUGGAGGCCGUCAGUCGCUCUGCUGAUAAAGCAGUGGAGGACAGUGAGAAGAUCUUCACUCAGCUGAUCCGUCUCCUCCAGAAAAGAAGCUCUGAUGUGAAGCAGCAGAUCAGAUCCCAGCAGGAAACUGAAGUGAGUGGAGUCAAAGAGCUUCAGAAGAAGCUCCAGCAGGAGAUCACUGAGCUGAAGAGGAAAGACACUGAACUGAAGAAGCUCUCAGACACAGAGGAUCACAACCAGUUUCUACACAACUACCCCUCAGUGUCACAACUCAGUGAACCUACAGACUCAUCCAGCAUCAAUAUCCGUCCUCUCAGAUACUUUGAGGAUGUGACAGCAGCUGUGUCAGAGCUCAGAGAUAAACUACGAGACAUCCUGAGGGACAUUUGGACAAACAUCUCACUGACAGAGACUGAAUUGGAAGUUUUACUGUCAGAACCAGAACCCAAGACCAGAGCUGAGUUCAUAAUAUAUUCAUGUAAAAUCUCGCUGGAUCCAAACACAGCAAACACAUGGCUGUUAUUAUCUGAGGGGAACAGAAAAGUAGAAUUUAUGAGCCAACAACAGUCUUAUUCUCGUCACCCAGACAGAUUCACUAUAUGGUCUCAGGUGCUGAGUAGAGAGAGUCUGACUGGACGUUGUUACUGGGAGGUGGAGUGGAGAGGAGGAGGAGUUUAUGUAGCAGUCGCAUACAAGAACAUCAGCAAAGCUGGAGGGUCAAUUGAAUCUCUUUUUGGACGUAAUGACAAAUCUUGGGCUUUAGAUAGUGACAGUUAUAAUUUUUGGUUCAACAACAUCAAAACUCUUGUCUCAGGUCCUCGUUCCCGCAGAGUCGGAGUGUACCUGGAUCACAGAGCAGGUAUUCUGUCCUUCUACAGCGUCUCUGACACCAUGACUCUCCUCCACAGAGUCCAGACCACAUUCACUCAGCCUCUCUAUGCUGGAGUUCGGCUUUAUUUUCCUGGAGCCACAGCUGAGUUGUGUAAACUCAAAUAGACAGAAGUCAUUUCAGACUUCAUGUGUCAGAUUCUGUGUUGUUAUUCUUCAUGUUUUUGUCUCCAUGUUUCUGAACUGCACAGAGAUCGUCUGUCAUGCUAAUAGGGAUUGUCAACACUUUUUGUACUUUAUGUAUGUGUUGUUGAUAUAUUCAGUUUCUUUAAAUGUGACUCUUUCCUGUGUGUUUUUAUCCAUGGAGGCUCUCACUGCUCGUGACAAUGUUUUUAACCUUCACUGACAUUCC